CAUGCAAGUAUGUAUGUGGUUUUUGUUCUUAUCUUAACCUCUGGUCUCUUAUAUAAACCACCUAAAUGUUUCCAUGUUCUAUGUAUCCCAAAGCUUGAGAGAAAACAGAAAAGAAAAAACUCCAUAGAAAUCAAAAGUAGAAAGAAAUGAUGAAGUUUAAGACCAAGAGGUUUGGGAUUAGAUUUGGAUUUGGUAAAAGAAUCAACAACAAAGGCACACAACAAGAUCAACAACAAAAGGGAGUUGGUAACAACAACAACAAUAGUAGCUGCAGCAACUGUGAGAUCAAAUGGGAACUUAGGCCAGGAGGCAUGCUUGUUCAAAAAAGACAAGAGAGUAUUGGUGAAGACUUGAUCUCCAUUAGAGUCUCUACUUUUGCUCAUUUUCAUGAUCUUUCCAUUGAAGCCACCUCCACUUUUGGAGAACUUAAGAUGGUAUUAUCAUUGCUUACCGGUUUAGAGCCAAAACAACAAAGGCUAGUAUUCAAAGGGAAAGAAAGAGAGGAUCAUGAAUAUCUACACAUGGUUGGUGUUGGGGAUAAAGACAAAGUGUUGUUGUUAGAAGAUCCUGGCUUCAAAGAUAAAAAGCUUCUUGAUCUUAACAGCAUUUCCACUACUUGUCCGACUAUAAUCGUAUAAACAAAACUAAACAAAAUUGUCAAAUUAGUUGUUUUGUCAAUUUCUUUGUGAAAUAAUAUCACUCAAGAAAAUUAACUAUAGCUAUGGUUGUCAUGAAUUAAAAUAGACAUUCCAUAAUAUCAUUCGACUAUUUCUAAGUUGUAAACAAGCUAAUAUGUUUACAUGUUGUAAUAUAGUAUAUGUCAAAGUUUAAGAGCUCAUGUUUUAAUU